GAGGCGGCGGGGCCCAGGAGCGCUUCCCGCCGCCCCCCCGCCGGCACAGCCCCUUGGCUCCGGGACCGGCGGCGGCCAUGGGCAGCGGGAGCAGCCGGCGGCGGGGCGCGGCGGCGGGGGCGGCGGCGGGCGCAGCGGUGCCCGCGGGCAGAGCGGCGGCGGCGAACCGGGAGCUGCUGGAGACGGUGCUGGCCGAGUGCGAGGAGGCGGCGGCGGCGCCCGCCCCCGGCUGCCGAACCCCGGCCGCCGGCGGCAUCCCUCCGCCCCGGGACGCCGGGCGCUGCGGGGAGGCGGCGGCGGGAGGCGGUGGCGCCGGGCCCCCGCCCGAGCAGGCGGACUCAUCAACCAGAAGCCCACCAGGCCCAGAGAACACCACCGCUGACCAUCACAGGUGCCCACAAAGGAACAGCAAGAAGCCGUCGGGACAGUCCGCAGUAUCGUACGAUUACUCGGAGGAGGAGCUCAUGGCAAGCAUUGAGCGGGAGUACUGCCGCUGAACCCAACCCCGCACCACGAGAACUUCAAGCACGUUCCUGGAAGCCCAUCUGGAGCAAAACUGCUGUUGACAAAAUAACCCCUCACACAGCAAGAUGACGCAGGAGAGGUGGGGGGCGAAGGGAUGCGGAACAUGAGAGGCAGUGUGGCUGCUUGGGAAGGACGGAGGAGAAAGCCCUCCUGACCAAUUCUGAGUGAGAGCAUGAAGAUCCUCACCAACUGCUGAUUUCUGAUCGGUGCUGUUGGAAGAGGGACCAAUUCAUCUUGCGAAUCAAUAUUUAGAAACGCAUUUCUAAAUGGUAUUUACAAGUGAAGACAUACUAGAAUUGAAGUGUCAUACUAGAUGUGUUGAGGUAUGGUGCUUUGAAGGAAGAUCUUGUUUUGUCUUAGCAGAAGAAAAAUGCAGCAAUAUAAUUCAAUUCAGAUCUCACUUAAGGGGUUGUUGCAUAAAAUUCAUGUUCCUGCCACUUAAAACAGGCCAAAUUCACUCCUUGCGCUGUGUAAGCCUCUAGGUCUGAAUCUGGUACUGUCUCUUUGAAUGUGGUCCCCAGCAUGGGAUGUAAGAUGAAAAGGGGAGUGAGGCCACCAUCGGUACGUAGGCAGUGUCAUCCCAGAGUUCAAAUCCCAUCACUUAGGCAAACGAGGCUCCUGGGAGCCAACAGGGAGCACAGGAUUUGUACAGUCUCUUCAGAGUGGGUUGCCAGCAUCGGUGUGGUACCUGGGGCUGCUUGGCAUGGAUCCUCCAGUGAAAGGAGGCGGCACGUCCCCGGUGCUGCCUUGCUGUGGCCAGCGGUCAUCCAUCUGGGGAGGGACUUGCAUGCUAUUGCAGAGCAGCUGUUUGUGAUCAGUUUUCAGAAUUAUCAGCCUUGGCCUUCCCAUUUAUUUCUUCUAGGUAACCUAGAAAAAAAACCACUACAUUUUACCAUUAGCUGACUGCAAAGUGAAACAGAAAGUCAUCUCUCCCAAGAAAACCGUAUAUUUUCAGUGCUCCCUGACAGGGAAGCCUGGUAUUUUAGGGUUUCUGCCUUUAUUUUACCUGUGUCUUAAUGUAUUAUGAGUAGCUACUUAUUAUCAGAAGCAGAAAAACACCUUCUUUCUAUCUUCAGCUGAAGCAUAAAAGACAUCAGAUGAAAUCUUCACAUAGACUGUGUAAAUGCAAGAGGAAACAGCAGGACACAUUUAAGAUGCUGCAUUUUAACGUCUUUGUAUUCCUGGUAUCUGAAACAGAAAUAAAUGCAUCUGUACUCAAUGUAGCCCUCAGUAAAGGCAUCAAAUGUUGUUUUGAAAAGGCUCUCCAGCUUACAUGGCAGAUCGUCUUAUGGCACCCGCAGAGACUAAACAAAAUGCAUCCUUGGAGGAUGGCAGGAGGGAUGCCGUGAGGCAGACACUAGAUUACACCCCUGGUGCACACACACACACACACACACUCCAGUUGUCUUUCCUACAGCAGCCUUCAGUGAAGCUGGCCAUUGUGCUCUGCCUGAGGGCUCAGGAGCUGCCAGGCAGCCUGCAGAGGUGAGAGCCAACCUCCUGCAAAGCUAUGCAAGCUUGGAGGCAAGAGCUCCCAGCACAUUGGCCAGGACGCUUUGAUAGGACGAGGGGUAACGGUUUUAAACUGAAAGAGGGUAGAUUUAGGUUGGACAUAAGGAAGAAAUUCUUCCCUGUGAGGGUGGUGAGGCACUGGAACAGGUUGCCCAGAGAGGCUGUGGAUGCCCCCUCCCUGGAAGUGUUCAAGGCCAGGCUGGAUGGGGCUUUGGGCAACCUGGUCUAGUGGAGGGUGUCCCUGCCCACGGCAGGGGGGUUGGAACUAGAUGGUCUUUAGGGUCCCUUCCAACCCAAACCAUUCUAUGAUUCUAUGAUACCUCGGUGGCCCAGAAGUAGCCAGAGUAGAAAGCAGAUGUCCUUGCAUAGCUUGGGGGAAGUUGGGUGGGCCCUCUGGAGCAAGGGCUCUCCAACCCUCCUGAAAAAAUCCAGUUUUGAAUAACACUUUAUUUUUUGGCAGGAAUAAUCAAUUUUAGACCUACUAAUGCUGCUAAGCUGUGGUAGGAACACAGUUUCUCUGCAGCCUGUCAAGCGUCAGCAGCCAGAUCUCCUAGAGCUUGUAUUAGUUUUCAGCAGCUCUCAAAGACUUACUGGGGUGAGCAGAAUGUGCCUGUGGAGAGCAGGAAAAACAUGGGAGACCUGCUGACUCCAGCACCACAGGCGACCACAGCACUCCAGACCCUGUCUUGUGUUAAUCUCCACACUGGUUUAGAUUUCCCUUCAAUUUGGAUUUCAUUCUUUUGGCCCCAACCUUUCUUGCGCCAAGGUCCCCAGAGUCCCUGGCAGGCACGGGGAGAUGCUUCGAGGAGCUCAGUCACAGCUCCCCCAUCAAGAGGGCAGGGCCAGUGUAUUGCCAUCCUUUUGGGUGGCCUCCAGUGACACAGCAAACCAGAAGGAAAGCCACGCUGCUGUCAGACCACGCUGCAACACGAGCAGGCAGGGCACCACAGCAGCUGUCCCCGCACCAGGACAGUCACUGAACCAGGGAAAAGGUGGGAGAAAGAAGUUUCAGGGUGCAAGGAGGGGUCUCGAAGUGUGCCACAGUCUAGCAGGCUUUCUCUGUGCCAUGAAAUGAUGUGCGCUCAGUGCUGUGCAUAGAGCCAGCCGGCACAGAACGGCUCACAACCAUCUCUCUGAUUCUCGUACUACCCUGCUGUCCAAUACACGCAGCAUAAGACAGGGGAGCUGAGCACAGGUUUUGAGCUAAUGCUAUUAAUCCUCAUUAAUAAAACAGCAGAAGGUCAUGUGUAUUAACCAAAUUACUACAUUAUUCAUCUAACAAAGACAAAUGCUACACACCAUAUUUUGCACCAGUCCAAAAGAAGUAAGAGAGCCUUGCUGGCCAGCUGGCUGUCUAUACAUACCUCCUAUUACUAUUAUUUUUUAAGUGAGGCAAAACCACAGUUGCUGAGAGGACUGAAGAGGGUAAUUUUUUCAGCUAAUCAUGACAAAUUACUCUUUAGUACAUGCAGAGAUAUCGCCACUUCUGAGCUUAGUGACUUCCAUGAGUUCAGGAGGUUUCUUACAUGGCCAUGCAACAAGGUGCUAGCUGAAAGGUUCUGGUGGUAAAAGCCUUAAAGCUGUAUUUUUUAAAUUACUCAACCCAAGAUCUUAAAAAACAAAACCAAUGAACCUGAAACAACAGAACCAGCUUGCACACUUACUCAGAGUCUUGAUUUCACUCAAAUCUUUUUUUUUCACGUGCAUCCUUUCUGUGUAGAUGCCUUUUCUUUCUGACAGCACUGCAAUGGAUGCUGCUUUUUUUUGCAGAGCUCUGCCUUUUCAGUAGCCCAGUAAAUGAGCAGAAGUCGUUCCCAAAGAACAGCUAAGAAAACAGACCAGUGUUGGAGCAGUUUUAGGAAGCAAGUUGUCUUUUACCUGCUGUGUAGCCAUCCAGUGAUAUCUACUACAAGCUUCAAGAAUUCAGCUGGGAGCUGUAGGUAGACGAGCGUGGAAAAAGCUGUGACUUGAUCUGUGCUUGGGUGAGAUGGCUGACAAGGCCGAUGACAGCCAGUCACCAUAACCAUAGCUCCUCAGGAUAGCAGGUCUUUAUUGUCCACCUCCACCCGGGACCCUGAAUGCCAGUCCUUCUACCCAGCGUAUGUGAGGAUGGCUCCCGUACAUGUGUAUCUGCUAGCAUCCCAUUACCGAGACCUCUGAGAGCAGAGCAACUAAUAGUUCCCUGACACAUCCUGUCCAGUGCCCUUCUGUCAUCUACUCGCCUUCACAAUGAGAGGAGAAAGGAGGGUGGCACCCUCACCACCCCAGGGAUGCUCUUCCCUCAACCUUCUUCCUCUGAGGAUCAAAACCCCCACAAGCUUUCAGCCAAACUAUCCACACGCACACCCUAGGAGCUGAUGGAGCCACUGCCCUGGAUGAGAUGCAGCCCUGGAGUUGUGCCACAGGAGCGUGGUGGAGUUCCCCACCGCACGUGGCAGGGGAGGGGGAGCACCAGCUGCCCAGCACAGACUUCAUCCACAACAGGGUUGGUUUUUUUCCCCCCCAUUCUGGACACAGGACAUGGCAACUAUUUGCAUAAAGUGAAGUGAGUUUAUCUGAACAAUGAUAAACAGAAGAGAAAUCACUCUGAACUUGAGAGAGACCACAAGGGAGAAAUUAAAUCUAAAGUAUUCUUCCAUCCAGAAAAAAAACUCUCUGAGGAAAGAGUAUGCUCCUUCUUCCUCAAGUUUUCUGCACAUGCAAGUUGUGCCCAUGGCCCUCUGCACACACCAGGAUGUAAAUGUCACCUGAUUUCCUCCUCCUACACUCAAGGACUGAAGCAGAGAUUGAGGAAGGCUGUGUUUGGCAGAGGACAAAACCAGUCUGGAAAGAAAAUGCUUCAGUGCUAACAUACUUGCUGCAGGGAAGGUAAUCCCAUGGACUGCAGACAGACUGGGCUGAGGCUUUGCAGUGGCCUCCUGAACCGUCUUGCCAUUUCCUUAGCCUGUAGGUUGCCAGGUUUUGAGUCACAAUUUACUCUUUGUGCACGCACGGAAAAAGUUUGCCUUCUCAUGGCCGUAGCCUGCCUGCCUCAAGCUAUCUUGCCAGACACAAGCAGAAGGUAAGCAGACAGGUGGGCUCACAGAUGUCCUGGUUCUGGCAAGGAUAGAGUUAAUUUCACCAGGAGCCAGGACAGGUGAGCCAAGCUGGCCAGGGGCUAUUCCAUACCAUGUGACGUCAGGGGGCUAUUCCAUACCAUGUGAUGUCAUGCUCACCAUAAAAGGGGGCUAGUCGGGCAGGGGCAGGUUCGGUGUGGCUCCAGGAGGGGCUGAGCAUCAGGUCGGUAAAUUGUUUUCUGUUAUCAUCCAUUGUGAAUAUCUGUUAUCAGCACUGUUGUUGAUUGUUUUCCCUCUCCCUUGCUGUCCCAGUAAACUGCCCUUAUCCC